GGUCAUCGUUUUUCUUUCUGAAAUUUCAUGUGCAUAUCUUAUCAUUUUUUUAACAAAUAUGAUGAAAUCAAAAAUAAUUUUUCGAAACAUCUACAAUAAAUUCACUAAAUUCUCAUGUGAAAAAGGUAUAAAAUUUUAUCCAUUUUAUCACGGAUCAUAUCAUAAUAUAUCGAUUCGAUGUUUUACAAAAAAAAUUGAGGACAAUGUUAUUGAAGAAUUAAAAAAACGAGGUUUGAUUAACGCGUUGACGAGUUCCGAUAUCAUAAAUCGAGUGAAAAAUCAAACGACUAUCUAUUGUGGCGUAGACCCUACUGCGCCAAGUCUACACUUGGGAAAUUUGUUAACUUUAAUCGGAUUAUUACAUUUUAAUGUUCGUGGACAUCGCACUAUUGCUUUGAUAGGAGGAGCGACUGGCUCAAUAGGCGAUCCAUCCGGACGCAAUACUGAGCGCCAGCCUCUAUCAUUUUCAAUGAUUGAGAAAAAUGCUAAUGCGAUUGAUAAUCAAAUUCGAAAAAUUUUUAUUAAUGGAAAAAAGUAUGCGUUACGACGUGGAUUUAAAAUAAGAGAUGAAUUAGAUGUGAUAAUUUUAAAUAACUUGAAAUGGUUUCAGAAAAUGUCUGCACUGGAACUAUUAAAUGAUAUUGGAAGAUAUGCGCGUGUUGGAACAAUGAUGGCUAGAGAUAGUGUUAAGUUAAGGAUGGAAAAUACUGGAGGAAUAAGUUUUACGGAAUUCUCAUAUCAAUUAUUACAGGCAUACGAUUUUUGGCAUCUGCAUCAUUAUCAUCAAUGUCAAAUUCAGUUAGGAGGAAGUGAUCAAUGGGGAAAUAUUACCGCGGGAAUCGAUUUAAUUCAUAAAAAGAAAACAGAUUCUAUAAAAACGACAACAGAAAGCUUGGAAACAACUGAAAAUACUAAUGCUUUUGGUAUUACGAUACCUUUACUGUUAACAUCAACUGGAGAAAAAUUCGGUAAAUCUGCAGGAAAUGCAAUUUGGUUAGAUGAUAAGAUGACUAGCCCCUACGAAUUUUAUCAGUAUUUCAUGAAACUAGCUGAUGCUGAUGUAGAAAAAUAUCUUCGUAUGUUCACAAUAUUAAGCAUGGAAGAAAUUGAUCAAAUUGUGAAAACUCAUAUGAAAUCUCCAGAAGAACGUAAAGGGCAGGAAAAGUUAGCUUCGGAGAUAACAGAAUUUGUGCAUGGAGUCGCUGGACUACAAAAAGCGCAAUUGGCUACUAGAGUAUUAUUCGGAGAUUCACUAGAAAAUAUACGCGGACAUGAUUUAAUUGAAGCAUUUUUGCAUGAUUCACAAAGACUAACUCCAAUUCAUCGUAAUGAAAUUGUAAAUCGAACGAUUGAUCGUGUUGCUGUUGCAGCUGGUGCAUGUAAAUCAAGAAAUGAAGCAAAUAAAUUGAUAAAAGUAGGAGGACUUUAUUUAAAUAAUCAAAGAGUAAUUGAACCUCAUCAUAAAGUAAUUGAAGAUGAUUUAUUAGAUGGGGUUGUUUGUGUGAUAAGAACAGGUAAAAGUAAUUACCAUUUAAUACAAGUUAUUGAUUGAAUAAUAUAAUAUGAUUAAUAGACAUAAUUAAAUAAAAUUAAUCUAAAUUGAACCUAAAAUUCCGGGUUGUUUGCUGACUCUUUCCACUUUUGCAUUUCUUAAAUGAUACACUUUUCUCACUUCUCUAAAAUGUUUUAAAAAAUCAUCAACUUCUAAUUCUCCAUCUAAAAAUGAUUUUGCCAUUUGCUCACUCAAGUCAUCUGACUGUUGAGUUUCAGAUUUUAAUUUUGUUAUAAGAAUUGAUGGUGAAAAUCUCUAUAAAAACUUCCUGUUGAACUUUAAGUUUUUCUUCAAAAUUUGAAUAAAUUUC